CACGUGUGCAAUUUAAAUGAAACGAACUAAAACCGUUACGUAUUUUUGAACAGUUUCAACGAUAGUACACCGGAGAAACCUAAAUGUUUCCCUCAAUAACUCAAGUUAAAAUCGAUCUAGAUGCACAGCUUUUUUACCAGCUUCGAAUUCAUAAACUGAAUGGCUGCGAAUCUUGUGAUAUUCCAAAGAUAUUUUAAAAUUUAUCAAUGGACCAAACCAAGAACCGGUUCUUAUAGAUCAAACCAAAGUGUCCUCCUCCUACAUAUAUGCCCUAAUAUUUCUCUCAAAUCUCUCACCCCUCACUACAACUAUAGCUCUCUCCCUGACUCUCUAUUACAAUGGUGAAGCAGACAGGACGAUACGCUCUGUUGCAGGCUACACCGGAUUCUGAGUUCGUGAAGGAGAUGUACGGAGGUUACUUCAACGUAUUUGUGUCGGCUUUCGGCGACGAAGGAGAGCAGUGGGACCUUUUCCGUGUGAUCGACGGCGAGUUUCCCUGCGAAGAUGAUCUUGAGGGGUAUGACGGAUUCGUCAUUAGCGGGAGUUUGCAUGACGCUUUCGCAGAAGAAGAUUGGAUCAUUGAGCUUUGCUCUGUUUGCCAAAAACUUGAUGUGAUGAAGAAGAAAAUUCUUGGCAUAUGCUUUGGUCACCAGAUAAUAUGUAGAGUAAGAGGUGGGAAAGUGGGAAGGGCUCGUAGAGGACCAGACAUGGGCCUCGGUAACAUAACCAUCGUUCAAGAUUUAAUCGAACCGGGAGGUUACUUCGGAGAAGAAGUUCCCGAGUCUUUGUCGAUCAUAAAAUGUCACCGUGACGAAGUACUUGAGCCUCCUGAGUCGGCCAAAGUCAUUGGAUUCUCGGGCAAGUGCGACGCUGAGAUAUUCUCUGUGGAAGAUCACUUGCUUUGCUUUCAAGGCCAUCCCGAGUAUAACAAGGAGAUUCUCUUGGAGAUCAUUGAUCGUGUCAACAAGAUCAAAUUUAUCGAGGGGGAACUUUUGGAGAAAGCUAAGGGUUCGGUAGAGAAGAUCGAACCAGAUACGCAGCGUUUGCACGUGCUUUGCAAGAAUUUUCUGAAAGGACGAACCAACUUUGUUUGACUAUUCCAUGUCCAUGGUCUAGACUCUGGUCUCUAAUAAAUCAAACUACUUUGUGUGAUUUCAUAACUAUUAUAUGGUACGGAGAUACCAAAUAAUAUGACAUAUUAUCAAUUACCGAUAAGCAAAACAAAAGACUGGUAUGUAAUUUGGUAGUUUAGGGUAUCUCCAUCCGUUAUAUACUCUGAAAGUCUCUUAAAAAAGAAAAAUAUUAGUAUUUAAAUUAUCAAAAAAUCUAAACCAAUCACAAGAAAACAUAUGUUAAAAGAGUUUGUUAAAAAACUUGGAAUCGUGUUUUAGAAAGGAAACUAAGAAACGUUUCUUCUCCUUCUUUCUUAGUUUUUAUUAUUUUAUUAAUAUUUUUUUUUUAAACCACUAUCAUCGAUGGAGAUGGUCUUAUAUCAUAUUUAA